AUGAGGGAAGUUCUCGUCAUUGGCGGCACGGGGGCUCAAGGCCUGCCGGUGGUCAAGGCACUUUCGCAAAGUGGGCGCUACACAGCUCGUGUUCUGACACGCAACCUUGGAUCGAAACGAGCACGAGAGAUCUCCAAGCUUUCCAACGUCACUCUAAUCCAAGGAUCUCAGGACAACCAGAAGGACCUCCAUAAAGCUUUCAAAGGAGUAUGGGGCGCCUGGGUCAACACCGACGGCUUUACACUCGGCGAGAAGAACGAGCUUUUCUAUGGGAUCCGGGCAUAUGAGAUAGCUCGUCACGAAGGAGUGCAGCAUUACAUUUAUGCUGGAACAGAUUAUGCUGUCAAGGACGCAGACUGGGACGCAAAUUUUCAUUGGGGCCAUAACGACGCAAAAGGAAGAGUUGCUGAUCUCAUUCUAUCCCACAAGCAUGAUGGGAUGAAGGUUUCUGUGCUGACUACAGGCCCAUACAUGGACAUGCUCUUCGAUGAACGCGGCAAGAUCCCACUCAUAGCGGUGGAAGAUGUAGGCGCAUACUCGUUGUGGAUGUUUGAGAACCCCAGCGAGUCGACCGGUCUGCAACUGAAGGUAGCAACUGACGCAGUGACCUUUGAAGAGAUUGCAGGGGUCUUCACCAAGGUCACGGGAAAGAAGGCUGUACACGAAUACGUGCCUCUUGAGCAAUAUCUACUAGCUGCUGAGCCAUACCCCGACGCUCCAGCCAAUUGGGCGGCAGGUCCAGAUGCGCCGCGCGACGAAUCUACCAUGACUUGGCGGGAGAAUUUCGGACCGUGGUGGCGAUACUGGGGCGAAGGCUUCUGUGAGAACAGAGAUUUUGCGUUGCUGGAUAGGAUACAUCCGAAGCGCAUCAAGUCUUUGGAAGAAUGGAUGCGCUUAGUGGGCUACAAUGGGCAGGCUAAGCCCGUUCUGAAGGGCGCUGAGGAUCUAAGAGCGGUGCAGCAGGCGAUCGAAAAGGCAUCGACUGCUCAUAUGUCUUGA